AAGCCCAACGGGUAAAGAGAAAAAAAAAUCCAUUCCCCUCAACUCCUCCCCUCGCGCCGCCACUCUCCGUCACCGUAUCCUCUUGCUCUCCUCCCCCUCUCCCUCCUGCCAUCGGACUGCAACCCUAUCAUGGACGGGAGUGGUACCGGCAAUGGCGGCGACGGCGGCUGGUCGAUGCGACCAAUGGACUCGGAGCAGCUUCGGGAGUGCGGGCACCGGAUGGUGGAUUUCAUCGCCGACUACUACAAAUCUAUCGAAACAUUUCCCGUCCUCAGCCAAGUUCAGCCAGGAUAUCUAAAGGAACUUCUUCCGGAUUCAGCUCCAAACCAACCUGAUACUUUGGAUGCCCUUUUUGAUGAUAUACGAGAGAAGAUAGUACCGGGAGUAACUCACUGGCAAAGUCCAAAUUAUUUUGCUUACUAUCCCUCAAAUAGCAGCACUGCUGGAUUCCUGGGGGAGAUGCUUAGUGCUGCCUUUAACAUCGUUGGCUUCAGUUGGAUAACCUCUCCUGCUGCUACCGAGCUUGAGGUUAUAGUCUUAGACUGGUUCGCAAAAAUGCUUAAGCUUCCAAGCCAGUUUCUGUCAUCUGCACUUGGUGGAGGAGUAAUCCAGGGUACUGCCAGUGAAGCAGUUCUUGUUGUACUAUUGGCUGCACGUGAUAGAACUUUAAAAAAGCAGGGGAAAAAAUCCCUUGAAAAAUUAGUGGUUUAUGCUUCUGAUCAGACACAUUCUGCUCUGCAGAAGGCAUGCCAGAUUGCAGGAAUUUUCCCUGAGAAUUUCAGAGUUGUGAAGGCUGACUGUAGUAAUAAUUAUGCUGUUGCACCUGAAGCAGUUAGCGAAGCCAUUUCUGUUGACUUGUCAUCUGGGUUGAUACCAUUCUUCAUCUGUGCAACAGUAGGCACAACAUCUUCAUCGGCCGUGGACCCCUUGCAUAAAAUAGGAACGAUAGCACAGGCCCACGACAUGUGGUUCCACAUUGAUGCUGCAUAUGCUGGAAGUGCAUGUAUAUGCCCAGAGUACAGACAUCACCUUGAUGGGGUAGAAGAAGCUGAUUCAUUCAAUAUGAAUGCACACAAAUGGUUUCUCACAAACUUUGAUUGUUCCUUGUUAUGGGUUAAGGACAAGAGUUAUCUCAUAGAAGCAUUAUCCACAAAUCCAGAGUUUCUUAAGAAUAAGGCUUCCCAAGCAAAUUCUGUUGUUGAUUUCAAGGACUGGCAAAUUCCACUUGGCCGUCGUUUUAGAUCACUCAAGCUAUGGAUGGUCUUGAGGCUUUAUGGCGUGGAAAGCCUGCAGGGCUAUAUCAGAAAGCACAUACAGCUGGCUAAACAUUUUGAACAACUUGUAUUAUCUGAUUCAAGAUUUGAGGUAGUAACUCCAAGGAACUUUUCCCUUGUUUGUUUCCGCCUUGUGCCCCCAACUUCCGAGGAUGACAAGGGCCGUAAACUUAACUACAGCCUAAUGGAUACCACUAAUUCAAGUGGAAAGAUCUUUAUAUCACAUACGGUUCUUUCUGGCAAAUUUGUCUUGAGAUUUGCAGUUGGAGCACCGCUGACCGAGGGGCAACAUGUAGAUGCCGCUUGGAAGCUUUUGCAAGAUGAGGCCACCAAGCUCUUAGGAAGUGCCUAGAUUAUAGAUGCAAGUUGCUUAUUAAUGAAGCUCCACCAUUCAUACCUAUUAUCCUGAUAAGCUUGAUAAGCUUGUUACAGCUGCUCAUUCAACUAUUUUUUUUAAAGAAGGCCCUGAUAAUAAUGGCGGUUUGUGGUC